GCCUGUGCUCUACUGUAGCUGAGGCUUAGGGCAGACCGUGAAGGCAGCAUCCUGUGAUGUAGCUGAGGGACGGAGGACCGUGAAGGCAGCAUUAACCCGAGUCACAUGACAGGCUGGCCUCUCCGACUGAUCUGAUACACAUCUAAUAAUCAUGCCCACUACGCAGCAGUCUCCCCAGGAUGAACAGGAGAAGCUUCUGGAUGAAGCUGUGCAGGCCGUCAAGGUCCAGUCGUUCCAGAUGAAGCGAUGCCUGGACAAGAACAAACUGAUGGAUGCUCUGAAGCACGCCUCUAAUAUGCUGGGUGAGCUGAGGACCUCCAUGCUUUCACCAAAGAGCUACUAUGAGCUCUAUAUGGCCAUCUCUGACGAGCUCCACUACCUAGAGGUUUAUCUGACUGACGAGUUCGCCAAAGGACGCAAGGUGGCAGAUCUCUAUGAGCUCGUCCAGUACGCAGGCAACAUAAUCCCCAGACUCUAUCUGCUGAUCACAGUGGGCGUAGUGUACGUCCGCUCCUUCCCCCAGUCUCGUAAGGACAUCCUGAAGGACCUGGUGGAGAUGUGUCGUGGUGUCCAGCAUCCACUCAGGGGCCUCUUCCUCAGAAACUACCUGCUGCAGUGCACCCGCAACAUACUGCCCGAUGACGGAGAGCAGGCAGAGGGAACAGAGGAGAUGACCGGCGAUAUUAACGACUCCAUCGACUUCGUCCUUCUGAACUUUGCGGAAAUGAACAAGUUGUGGGUCCGGAUGCAGCACCAGGGUCACAGCCGAGACCGAGAGAAGAGAGAAAAGGAGCGACAGGAACUUCGGAUUCUGGUUGGCACCAACCUAGUUCGCCUCAGCCAGCUGGAGGGCGUCAACGUGGACAAGUACAAACAGGUGGUUCUUUCCGGAGUGCUGGAGCAGGUUGUGAACUGCAGAGACCCGUUGGCCCAGGAGUAUCUAAUGGAGUGUAUCAUUCAGGUUUUUCCAGAUGAGUUCCACCUUCAGACCCUGAACCCUUUCCUACGUUCCUGUGCUGAGCUCCAUCAACACGUCAACGUGAAGAACAUCAUCAUUGCCCUCAUUGACAGACUCGCUCUGUUUGCUCAUCGAGAAGACGGCCCCGGCAUUCCAGCUGAGAUCAAACUGUUUGACAUCUUCUCUCAGCAAGUAGCCACUGUCAUUCAGUCUCGCCAGGACAUGCCGUCAGAGGACGUGGUCUCUCUUCAGGUCUCCCUCAUCAACCUGGCCAUGAAAUGCUACCCUGACCGCGUUGACUACGUAGAUAAAGUCCUGGAGAGCACUGUGGAGAUAUUCAACAAGCUCAACUUGGAACACAUAGCGACCAGCAGCGCCGUGUCGAAGGAGCUGACCCGACUGUUGAAGAUCCCAGUGGACACCUACAACAACAUCCUGACCGUGCUGCAGCUCAAGCACUUCCCGCCGCUCUUCGAGUACUUUGACUACGAGUCGCGCAAGAGUAUGAGCUGCUACGUGCUGACCAACACGCUGGAAUUCAACACCACCAUUCUGGCACAGGAACAGGUGGACAACAUCUUGACCUUGACCUCCACACUGAUACAGGACCAGCCAGACCAACCGGCCGACGAUCCCGACCCCGAGGACUUUGCCGAGGAGCAGAGCCUCGUGGGUCGCUUCAUCCAUCUGCUCCACUCUGACGAUCCUGAUCAGCAGUAUCUUAUUCUGAACACGGCCCGGAAACACUUCGGUGCCGGUGGAAACCUAAGGAUUCGCUACACACUCCCUCCUCUGGUGUUCGCUGCCUACCAGCUGGCCUUCAGAUACAAGGAGAACUCCUCAUCGGAUGACAAGUGGGAAAAGAAGUGUCAGAAGAUCUUCUCCUUCGCCCACCAGACCAUCAGUGCACUUAUCAAGGCCGAGCUCGCCGAGCUGCCUCUUCGACUCUUCUUGCAGGGGGCGCUGGCCGCGGGCGAGAUCGGCUUUGAGAACCACGAGACUGUAGCCUACGAGUUCAUGUCACAGGCCUUCUCUCUGUACGAGGAUGAGAUCAGUGACUCUAAAGCCCAGCUGGCGGCCAUCACUCUGAUCAUCGGUACCUUCGAGCGAAUGCGAUGUUUCAGCGAGGAAAAUCACGAGCCGCUGAGGACUCAGUGCGCACUGGCUGCCUCCAAGCUGCUGAAGAAGCCCGACCAGUGCCGAGCCGUCAGCAUCUGCGCCCAUCUCUUCUGGUCCGGUCGCAGCACCGACAAAAGUGGUGAAGAGAUCCGCGAUGGUAAGCGGGUGAUGGAGUGUCUAAAGAAAGCCCUGAAGAUUGCCAACCAGUGUAUGGACCCGUCGCUGCAAGUCCAGCUUUUCAUCGAAAUCCUCAACAGAUACGUCUGCUUCUAUGAGAGGGAAAACGAUGCGGUGACCGUCCAGGUAUUAAACCAGCUCAUCCAGAAGAUCAGAGAAGAUCUCCCCAACCUGGAGGCGAGUGAAGAGACGGAGCAGAUCAACAAACACUUCCACAACACACUGGAGCAUCUCCGCCUGCAGAGAGAGUCCCCCGAGUCCGAGGGCCCCGCCUAUGAGGGCCUGGUCCUUUAAAACUAUCGCAGGUUCGGAAGGAUGUGAAGUCCAUCCUUUAGAUGUUUCACUAUAUUACGAAUAUACAACAGCACACACUUACACGAGAACACACAAAAAUCCCUCCUGCUAGGCCGGGGAAUAAAAAUAAAUGUCAAGAAGAGCUAAAAAAGAACUCACUUUUCAUUUUAUUAUUAUUAUUAAUGUUUCUGCAUCGUUUCCUCUUCACUGUCCCCUCACUAGCAGAACUGUUUAUCGCAACAGGUUGGAGAUGUUACAUUUUAAGAAGCGUGCGCCAGCAGCAACGCAGCUUCAAUGUACUUGUGUGCACAAGUCGUAGGCACCGUUCCUUUAUGACUUCCUGCUUGACUAAUUUGUCUUUAACUCUGUAUCAUUUUCGGGUCAAUAAUAGACCUACUAGCUGUUAUAUAGGUGUAUCCACUGAGUCAUCAAGCCCUCACCUGUUCACAUCUUUCCAUAUUGAGAAGUGAAUGUAUUAGCGUGAGUGUAUAACGGCUAUCUAGUAGUGGUGUUACAUCUGUACUGCAUAUGAGCUAGUUUCCACCCCUCUGAAUAAUCGAUAAUUCUGCUGUUCUUUAGGACAGGCUUUGUGGCAACUUUUAAACAGGUUGGGACCAACCGAACCGAUGAACCAGACCAAUGGAAGCAUAUGCACACUUUGGCCCCCACAUGAACGGUGCAAACAAUUAAAGAAAACGGAUGGAUGUUUUUGGAACAGAGCAUCUUUUCAUCUCGUCAGUCACUUCAGUUAAUAAUUGUGUAGCAUUUUUGCAUGAUCCUCAAUUCUUCUGCCAUCCCAGCUAAGAAAUUACAAAAUAACCUCACAAAUCUCGUAGAUUGUCGGUAGGAAAAUUGACAUAUUUUUCAAAUGAUCCUAUCCUCCUACUUAAGCUGUGCUUCUUUUUUAAUGAUAUCAGAUUUGUCCCUCCGUCUCUCCUUAUGGACUCCAUAUUUUUAUGUGUUUCUUUAUUUCUGGACUCCUCACCGGUGGAUUGAUGCGGUCAGACCUGCAGCAUGUGUUUUGCAUGCUUUCAGUGUGCUUGUACUUUACGGUCUGGGUUCAAUUUACUCUAUAUGGAUCCCACCAAACUACAAUGUCUGACAAUUUCAUCAUUCUCUUUGAUCAAUGAAAUCCUGUCGCUUGAUGACACUGUGGUUUCAGAUUCAUCUGUUGUAGGGGGGGUGCAGCGAUUCCUCAGGAUUGUAUGCUACUUGACCAGUUGCCAUACUGCGUACCUAAUGAUGUACAUGUUUGCUGCAGCAUCUGACGGUGUCAGCUGAUUCUUCUCUUUCUUAGCUAUCGUUGAUUUGUUGGAGGCGGUGUUGACCAAUUUUCUCUCCCCUUUUUAAAUCUGUGUCUAAACCCACUUGUAAAUCAGAUAAAGAAAAAAAAAAAAGCCGAUUAAAUAGCAAUUAUCAUUGUCAUUUGCUGAAAUAAAGUUGAAAUUAACAAUA